AUGGGGGGGCUCGUUGUGGGGGUGCCUCGUGGCGCGGGGGGGGCCCCCCUCUUGGCCGUGGUUCGGGGUGCUGGGGUCAUCUCGAGCCUGACCCUGCCCGACCCCCCCGCGGGGGUGGGGGCGCUGGGGGGGCCGGGGGGGGCCCCGGCCCUGGGGGUGGCCGCGGGGGGCGCCCUUUACGUCUACAGGAACCUCAGGCCCUUCUACAAGUUCCGGGUGCCCCCCCGGGACCCCCACCCCUUGGAGAGGGAUCUGUGGGUGCAGGCGGCGCAGGACCAGAUCGACCCCUUGAUGCUGAGGGAGAUGUUGGAGGAUCUGAGGGAUAAGGCUGAGGUGAAGCUGACGGCGCAGUCACUGCGGCUGUUGGCGCUGCCCCCCCCGGACCUGCCCCAGUUUGUGGCACUGCACAAGGGGCGCCCCCCCCAGCACCAGCCGGUGGUCACGUGUUUGGGGGCGCUGCCGCGGGGGGGCCCCGAGGGGACCCCCGAUUGCCCCGUGCUGGGCACCGAGAACGGGGACGUCCUGAUCCUGGAGCCCGAGGCCUUCACCCUGCUCUGCCAGGGUUGGGUGCCAUCCCCUCCUGCCUUCCUGGCGCCCCGAGGCCCCGGGGAUGGGCGCUGCCGCCUGGCGCUGGCCUGCAGGGAUGGGAGCCUCUAUGGGCUGAGCCGUGCCCACCCCCGGGCCCGGCCUCUCUGUGCCCUGGGCUCCAGGCCCGUGGGGCUCCUGGCGCAGGAGGGGGGGGGGGCUCCUUGUGGCCACGGCCCAGGGGGAGCUGCAGGCGCUGAGCCCUCAGGGCCGGCGCCUGUGGGCGCUGCGGCUCGGCUGCCGGGGGGGGCAGCACUGGCACUGCUGGCGCUGGAGACCGGAGAGGUGAGGCUGUACCAGGGCAGGAGCCUCGUGGCUGUGCUGCAGACACCGGACGUGGUCACCGGGCUCUGCUUCGGGCGCUAUGGGAGAGAGGACGGGAGCCUGCUCAUGGCCACGCGUGGGGGCGCUCUGUCCAUCCGCGUGCUGCGGCGGCGCGCGCAGCUGGGGGCCCCGCCCACCGCGUGCCAGGCCCCGCCCCCCGCGCGCCUGCUCCUCCCCCCGCGCACGCGCCUCUUCGUGGACAGCGCGCUCCGGGAGCGCGAGGACGCGUCACGGAUGUUCGGGCGCUUCCAGCGGGAGCUGCGCGCGCUGCGCCUCGCGGCCACCAGGGCGCAUGCGCGAGCGCUCGAGGCGGGCGCGGGGGGGGCCGGAGGAGGAGGAGCAGGGAGCGACCUGCACGUGACCGCCACGGUUCGGGGUCUGGGCUCCCGUCUCCGCGUCACCGUUUGGCUGCUGCUGCCCCUGGGGGGGGUCCCAGCCCCCGACCUGCUCCUGGUCCUGCACUGCAGCCCCCCCGCCCGUCUGCAGCCCCCCCGCGUCAAGGUGCCGCUGCUGGUGCCAGGUCUCAGCUAUGGGGUGGGGACGUGGCUGGAACUGGGGCCCAGUGGGGCCAACCCCGGACAUCUGCUGGUGCUGGUGCUGCGCCAGGGCCUGGAUGUGCCACUGCUGAGGGCCCAGGUUGGGCUCCCCCUGUCCUAGGGGCCCUGAGCCCUCCCCCUCCCCCCCCCCGAUGUCCC